UGCUUGUAUCUCGGUCGUUCAGCCUGAUCGCUUGUUAGUAAACCUGUUCCAGGCUUCUCGGAAUUGAUCAUUUUAUUCAUCGUGUUGUUUAUUUCUAACAUAAACCAGAUCAUAGGCCUUCAAACGAAUUCAACAAGAGAAUUUAUAAUUCGCAUUAUAAUGGAUCGUGGAUAUGAAUAUCGAUCUGAUCCUGAUUGGGACAGGUUCAGAGGAAAUCGAAGCCCUCCAGGAGGAAGAAAUAGAGAAAUGUAUGACAGAUACGAACGUAGGUCACCAGAUCAAGGUGUUUAUGUCUAUGAUAUGCCUGGAGAACAACCAUCGGCCCAACCACGAAAUGAUGAUAGGGAUUGGAGAGAGAGAAGAAGUCCAAUCGAAAGAUCUCCUGAUCGUCAUGUUAUAAUAGAAAGGUCUCCACCUCGCCGCGAACCCUCACCAGAAAGAUACAGAAAUUCACCAGAUUAUCGUAGAUCCUUGGAAAGGUAUUCACCUGACAGAAGGCGAUCUUUAUCACCACCAGAUCGAAGAAAGAAUGAUUAUAAAGAUUCUCCAAGGGAUCGUUACAAUGAUAGACGUAGAUCAUCAAGGUCGCCACCACCUCCUGGCGAAGACGGUUACGUACAGGAAUCAUCUGUCAUUUCAAUCGCUCGAAUUCCACAUGACAUCACCGAAACUGAAAUACGAUAUGAACUGCAAGUGUUCGGGGCUCCUGUUAUCAGUGUUGAAUUGGAAACGCCUCCAGGUCCCGAGGAUCCGAGAGAAAAAGUCUGUUUCGUGGAAUUUUCUGAACUCGAUGAUGCCAUCAGGUGGAUGCAACAGCAGAAGGGAGUGCUAUACAUAAAUGGAGCUCCUCUCUUACUUUCGUACUCUGAUCGUCGACCGCAAAAUGUCCCGAGAGGAGAGAGACGCCAUGAUCGGGAUCGAUACGAUAGACGAAGAAGCGGAAGUAGGGAGAAACGAAGCGAUAGCCGAGACCGUCGUGAUUAUGAUCGCGAUAGACGGGGAAGUAGUCGGGAGCGACGUGACCAUGACAGAGAUAGAAAGGAUUACUAUGAUCGAACAAAACGGGAUCGACAUGAUCACAGUUCGGAGAGAGAUAGACGAGACCGUGAUAAACGUGACGAUCAUGAUCGAAGAAGAGAUUCAUUUGACAGACGAGACGGAGAGAGGGACAGAUUUCGGCAUCCGGCAAGAACAAACAAAAAGACAGACACUAUGAUUGUGAUGGGACUGGAUCGGAAUACGACUGUGCCAACUAUCAGAGCUUCAUUUGAAUAUAUUACACAUUUUAAAAUUGUCGACAUUCGACUUGUUAAAGAUAAAUUUGGAGUUCCUAGAGGAUUUUGCUUCGUUCAAUGGGAAACUGUAGAUGAAUGUUCACAAGUGCUUGAAUAUCUGAAAACUGCAACACCGAAGUUUAAUAUAGAUGGCAAACAAGUUGUACUUGACUACAGUCAACCGCGCCAACCUGAACCACAAGCAUCAUCAACAUCAGCUAACGCAGCUGCUGCCGCUAUUGAAGCUGCUAAAUGGUCGAGAGUUGGGGGCGCGAAGCCAGACACAAAUGGUAACAAAUCUGAAACUGCAAUGUCUCAAGUUGCCAAGGCUCAGAAAGAAGCUGCUCCCCCUAAAAAAUCCACGACACCAACACAACUGCCUAUGCCUGGCAUGCCAGGGCAAAUGUGGCAGCAAAAUAUGGUAUGGCAAGCAAUGGCCAAUAUGCAAGCUCAGAUGCAGCGACCACAGAGAUAUCCGACUCCGGAUAUUUCAAAAUAUGUCUACGAGGAAAAAUCAGGAUAUCAUUAUGAUACCUCAACAGGACUAUACUACAAUGCAAACACAAGAUAUUACUACAACAGUUUUUCUGGUAUAUAUUUAUACUGGGAUCAGAAGUCUCACACAUAUAUUCCGGUAUCGAGUGAAAUGCAGGCAGCACAGACAAAAGCUGCCGAUGAAAAAAAGAAAGAAAAUAUCAACAAAGAAGCGAAAUCCAAAACAGCAAAAAAGAUUGCAAAAGACAUGGAGCGAUGGGCGAAAGCUCAAAAUAAAAAGAAAGAAGAAACUAAGAAGUUAUUGGAGGAAAACACAAAUGCGUCUAAGAAAGAAUCAUCAACGGGUGACAUUGGAUUUUCAUUGCUUGAGAAAAAAGUGAGCGAGGAAGAACGACGAGCUACGAUAAAGGAUACUUUCUCCAGCGAUAUGUUCAAGUCACCUGGAAUGAAGAAUUCAAUGGGUGAAGUCAUGUCACCUCUCGUUAUGGCAAAUCAUUCAUCAUCUUCUAUUCCUGGUUUAUCAUCAUAUGGUGCCGGUAGUGACAGUGAUGAUGAAGAACCACAGCAACAAUUAAGUAUUGAAGAACAAAUCAAACAAAUGACAGAUUGGAAUAAAAUGGCUUGUCUGUUAUGCAGACGAGCUUUUCUAUCAAAAGAGGGAUUAGAAAAACAUCAGAAGCAGUCUGACCUUCACAGGCAAAACGUCGAGGCUUUCAGAUCAAAAAACAAAUCUGCCUCUUCACAAGGUCAAAUGUUGGAACAACCAAAAUAUCGAGACAGAGCUGCGGAAAGAAGAAGCAAGUACGGUAUUGCUGAUCCACCUUUGAAGAAAGCUAGAUAUCAUAAAGCUGCACCUGUUCCAUAUGAACAACCAACAAAAGAUGGAAUUGGUGAUUCUAAUAUUGGAAAUAAAAUGUUGCAAAAAAUGGGAUGGAAAAGUGGAUCUGGCCUUGGAAAAUCACAAUCCGGAAUCACUGUACCGAUAAUGGCUGAACAAAGAACCAUGGGUUCAGGACUUGGAGUAAGGGGUUCUCGGCUUGGACCAAGCACAGGCAGUGAUAGCUAUAAAGAUGCAGCAAGGCAACGUAUCAUGGCGCGAUACAGGGAAACUGAAUGAGUGCUGAACUAUUCCAUAAUUCUGAUGUUGAUAGUUUAAUACAGCAUGUCUGCUAAUCCAGGGGAUUGUUUCUUAUUGGUUACUGAAUGCAAACCAAUUUUGAAAAUGAACUAAUGGAACUAAUGCUUAUAUAUGCUGCCGCAAUAUAUUUCAAGAAUACAUUUUUUUGCAUUCUAAUUUGGUCUGUUCUUCGCUGCACCUAACACAAAUGGACAAGUUAUUGCGUAUGAUAUAUAUUUUGAGGCAUUCCACACUCACAGUUGUAUUUUUAUGUUGUUAAAAGUUGUGAAUUCACUUCCUAUUUCUGCAGUGUAGUUGACAAUUUGUAAUGGUUUGUUGCAAAACAUGCAGAAAUGAUAUUCAUUGUCUAUAUCAUUUCUCAUACUCAUCAAAUACCAGAGCCGUGGCAUGUAAUAUUUAUUUUGUAUAAUGCUCACCAUUGGAUUCACCUAAAUUCAAUAUUUUUUAUCCAAUUUAAUUUUGCCUUGUACGUCUAGGAUUCACUUAUAAAUAAAGGUUGUCACUAAUUUUUGUGUUUGCCUGAUUUUUUGUUCAUACUUUUCCAAUCAACUAAAAAUUCUUGCCGCAGUGAUUUACCCCAAUCUCUAUUCCAGUUUCAAAAUAUUAUUUUGCUUUCUGCUAACGAGCAAGUCUUGUGAUUUCGACUCUACUAGAUUAUGUUGUUUCACUCAGUUUCGAAUUGUUAUAUAUUCAAUUUAAGAGUUUGGCAUAUGUCAUGACUGGUGGUGCCCAUAUUCCAACAAGUGACAAAAUGAAACCUAUUUUGGUUCAUAAAUGGAACUUCUACUGAGAAAACUAAUUUGAAUGUAAAUUUUUUGAAUAUUUUUUUUCUUUCACUAAUUCCGAAAUUUACUCAACCUAUUUGAAAUCUAAAAAGAUCAUUACUGAUAUUUUUAGAAGUAGCAAGUUUUGUUCUUGUGAUUGCCCAUUCACUAAAAGCUUUUAUUUUGUGUCCCAUAAUAGUUUCUUGCGGAAUUAGAUGAAGUAGUAGGAUCUGUUAUAUUGUUGAAUUCAUGCAGCAUUGUGAUGUUAGACACCAAUUGCAUAAAAAGUUGGUUUAAAAUGUCUACCUAACGCAGUGUACCUUCCUAAUCACGCUUUUUAUUUCAAUUUUUUUUAUUCUUCUGUAAAAUAAACUUAAGACAUCUUCUUA